AUGACUAUGCAUGUCAUAACGCAAACAUUCAGCGUAAAUAUGCAACCACAAGUGUCUUUCUACGAAGUUUUGGGAGUGGCGCCGACAGCUUCGACAAAUGAAAUCAAAAAGGCAUAUAGAAAGUUGGCUCUAAAAUACCAUCCAGACAAGAAUAGAAGCAUCGCUAAUAAUAUCGACAGAACAAAAGCCAACAACCAGUUUCUACUUAUAAACGAGGCGUACAAUAUCCUUAGCAAACCAGAAACUAGGGCUUUAUAUGAUUCAGGACGUCUUGGCGCAGAAGAGCUGGGAAGGGAAGAUUUCCCAUGCGAAGAAUUAUACCAAAUGUAUUGCGACAUACAAACAAUUCAAGCGUUAUUCCAUGAACUAAUGGCUAACAAAGAGUCUUUGUUUGAACUCGAAACGGAAUUUGUACAACACCUCAAAGAAGCUAAGCUGGAUAUAGGCGAUAUGUACGCGAACGAGCAAGGGUUUGAAGAAGAGAUUGCAGCUAUGGAGUCGAGCAUCUUUGGCGCGACUGAUCAUAACACAAGGGAAAUUUUGGAGGACCUUGAGGAAGAUCUGGCUGCUGAAUAUCUUUCUGAUGACGACAUUAUCCAUAUCAGACGUAACCCACAACAGUGGACUCUGGUGGACGGAGAUUCACUAGCACCAGAGUCUACUCUUUUCGACUUCUUACAGGCCCGCAAAUUUGUCAUUCAUGUACUACAGAGUAUCGUUUCACCAUUAAUGAUGGCUAUUUCCUACGGAUCAUGGUCAUUCGAAUCCGCUAUUUCCUGUCUCAAAUCGACUAAAUCUUUACAACUUGUGUUAAUAAAAUAUUCAACACAAAUCAACACAUCAAUAGUCAAGGAUGGUAAUAAGGCAAUCGAAUCGAUACUGGACUGCAUGAAGGAAGGCGAUGCUAUUAGGGAAAUGAAAGAACGUCUUGAGAAACACCCUCUUAUGUUGAAGUUUGCAAAUGGCCGGUUUGGCCGCAACGGCAAUUCUUUCGUGAGUGUCGCUGCCCUGAUAGGUCCAUCAGUUGCUGGAUAUUCCUUCUAUUGGUCCGUGUUUGCCCUUAUCAUCGUCGGAGUGAUCGUUUUGAAGCGAGAUGAUGCAGAUCUAAAAAGCUUUAGUCAGUUCCUGGAUCUAAUGCAAGAAGUCGUCGAACUAUUAGUUGAUCGCCAAGAGAUACCAUAA